UUCCUCUCUCUCUCUACUUUAUCUCUCUACAAUUUUUGCUCAGAAGCCAGAAAAAUGGGGAGGGACGAUCUCUACAUCACAGUGCCGAGCUUCUUCCGGUGCCCGAUCUCACUCGACGUCAUGAAGUCUCCGGUCAGCCUCUGCACCGGCGUGACUUACGACCGCGCCAGCAUUCAGCGGUGGCUCGACGACGGCAACAACACUUGCCCCGCCACCAUGCAAGUCCUUCCCUCUAAAGACUUCGUCCCCAACCGCACGCUCCACCGCCUUAUUCAGAUCUGGUCUGACUCGGUCCAUCUCCGGCGGGCGGGAUUGGAGAGUGACAACACUGGCAACUCGACCGCGGCGGCGAAGGAGAAGGUGGUGGAGCUGAUCCAGCAGAUGGACCGGCGCAGCUCGUCGGUGGAAUCGCUGGCGAAGAUUGUGCGGUUCGCGGAGAAGUCGGAGGAGAACCGGAAGUUUCUAAUGAAAAGCGGCGGGUUAUUGCCGCUGCUUUUGGAGGCGCUCGGCAGCGGUAAUGCCGGCGACGGCGGUAACAGCAUUCGCAUUCUCGAGCAAAUUGUUAGGAUUAUUCAUCUGUUGAUCGACGAAAUUCAAGAGAGUGAUGAUAUGAUGAGACUGAUGUUGAGGAAGAGUAGCGCCGGCGGUGGAGAUUGCUUGUGUUCUCUGCUCGUUGUUCUGCAACAGGGAAGCUCGGAGUCUCGGAUCGCCUCGGCUAGAGUUCUGGAAUCAAUCGCCGUGAGCGCAGAGUCCAAGCUUCUGAUUGCCGAGCGGGAAGGAGUGUUGCCGGAAUUGCUGAAAUUAACGAGUCCGGAAAAAGACUCCAGCUUAAUCGAAGCUGGAUUGUCUUGCUUGAUCGCUGUCUCGGUGCCGAAACUCGUCAAGGUGAAGCUGGUGCAUCUCGGAGCCGUCAAGUCAUUGUCCAAAUUAUUGUCCGACUCAAACUCCACGACGUCGACGAUCGAGAAGGUUCUGAAGCUGCUCGAAAUGGUUUCUUCGGUGAAGGAAGGAAGGGCUAAGAUUUGCGAGGCGAAGGAGGAAGGAGGCGACUGCUGCGUGUCUGCGAUCGUGCAGAGACUGCUGAAGGUGUCGAGCUCGGCGACGGAGCACGCGGUGACGAUUCUGUGGAGCGUGUGUUACUUGUUCAAGGAGCGAUCGGCGCAGGAGGCGGUGAUGAAGGCCAAUGGGUUGACGAAGAUUCUGCUAUUAAUGCAGAGCAAUUGCUCGCCGUGUGUCCGGCAAAUGUCCGCCGAUUUGCUUAAGAAUUUCCGGGUGAAUUCCAAGUCCGCCAUUAUGUGUUAUGAUACCAAGACUACUCAUAUUAUGCCCUUUUGAAAUCAGAAACCCAACUGAGAAAGAUUGUAAAUGACACCAAAAUUUUGUUAGAGUACAAAAAUUACCAAUGAGAAAUUGAAAUUCAUUUCA